AAGAAGAAGAGCAGAUAGCAUUAAUUACACAGUUAAAAAUUAAAAAUAAAAGAAUUGGGAGAGUCCAGUCCAGGUUCACCAUCUUGAUUCCACUGCCUCGCCGCUCCAUAAAUACCCCCUAAAACCAUCUUCCCGCUCUCACCAUUCGCACCCAUUCAACCCCAAACACACACUCUACUCUCUCUCUCUCUCUCUAACAUACGCACAGAGACAGACACUGACAAUGGGUCGUUGCAAUUUGGUGUGCAUUGCUCUGGUAUCGCUUUUUGUGGUGGCUAAUGCAAGAAUUCCAGGUGUUUACACUGGUGGGUCUUGGGAGAGUGCCCAUGCUACUUUCUACGGUGGUAGUGACGCCUCUGGCACCAUGGGUGGCGCUUGUGGGUACGGGAAUCUGUAUAGCCAAGGUUAUGGAGUGAACACUGCAGCACUAAGCACAGCACUCUUCAACAACGGCCUGAGCUGUGGCGCUUGCUUUGAGAUAAAAUGCGCAAACGACCCCAGAUGGUGCCAUGGUGGCAGCCCGUCGAUCUUCGUGACAGCAACCAACUUCUGUCCUCCAAACUUCGCUCAGCCCAGCGACAAUGGUGGCUGGUGCAACCCACCUCGUCCCCAUUUCGAUCUCGCCAUGCCCAUGUUCCUCAAGAUCGCAGAGUACCGUGCUGGUAUAGUUCCCGUCUCAUAUCGCCGGGUGCCGUGCAGGAAGCAAGGCGGGAUAAGGUUUACAAUAAACGGAUUCCGUUACUUCAACUUGGUAUUGAUCACCAACGUUGCGGGUGCAGGAGAUAUCCAGAAGGUGAGCAUCAAGGGCACAAAGACAGGAUGGAUGAGCAUGAGCAGAAACUGGGGGCAAAAUUGGCAAUCAAAUGCAGUACUUGUGGGCCAGUCUCUUUCAUUUAGGGUCACGGGCAGUGAUAGGCGCACUUCAACUUCAUGGAACAUUGCUCCAGCUAAUUGGCAGUUUGGUCAGACCUUCACGGGAAAGAAUUUCCGCGUCUGAUUUUCCUUUCCAUUUUUUCUAUAAUUAUAUAAUAUAUAAGAAUUUAUUAUUGCAGUGUUUCCCGCCUUCAGUUUUCCUUUAUUUUCUCGGGAAAAUUUGAAGUUGCCCGUUGGGAGUUCAACAAAAAUAUAGACAUAUGGUGGUGGUGGGUGUUUUUGGUAGGGUCAGUGGAAGUGACUUAAAGUCAGUGCUCAGUAUGUGGGUAGCCCUUUUUUUUUCUUCUUUCUUUCUUUUCUUUAAUAUGUAUACUUUCGAAUUUGUGGGUCGUUUUGUUGUAAGUUUGCCGGUGAAAGUUUAAGAUGUCACCGGCAAAUGGUUAAAAGGGUAAAAGUUAAAGACGCUGAAGCGGCUGCAACAGAAGGACAAUGUAGCCCGCAGCUCUUAUUAAUGAAUAUUUUAUGUUUUAGUUUUCA